CACUGGCUGCAAGCCAACAAGGCUAGAACAGCAAGCAAACACUAUUAGUUAAAUUUUAUCAACUGUUAUGGAAGUUAUAACUAUUGUAAUUGCUAUUUGAUGAUUGCAAUAUGGACUGACCCCCCAUAGCAAGCAGCAAGCCGUGAAGGAAGGAGCUAACAGGUUUUAUGUAGGCCCUGUCAGUAUAAGGAGCUGUUGGAUAGAGAUUGAAAGAAUGAACGACUCAAUGCAAGGGGCCUUCGCUGAUGUUGCUCAGACUCCCUUGCUGAGGAAGAUUAGAAGUUUGAUCCCUGUCAACUUCUGGAAGGAAGCAAAAGACCUUUUCCAAUUGGCUGGACCAGUGAUUUUGUCACAGCUGAUGGUCUUCCUCAUCGGCAUUGUUAGCUCCAUAUUCUGUGGGCACUUAGGCAAGGUUGAGUUGGAUGCGGUUUGCCUGGCUACAGCAGUGAUAAACGUAUCAGGUAUCUCUGUGGGAGCUGGACUCGCUUCCGCAUGUGACACCCUCAUAUCCCAGACCUAUGGCAGUAAGAACCUGAAGCGAAUUGGAGUGAUUCUCCAAAGAGGGAUUCUCAUUCUGCUGAUCGCCUGCUUUCCCUGCUGGGCUCUCUUCAUCAACACUGAGCACAUCCUGUUGGCUUUGAAACAGUCUCCAGAAGUGGCCAGGUUAACCCAGCUGUAUGUAUGGAUAUUCAUCCCUGGCCUCCCUGCAACUUUUCUUUAUCAAUUAGAGAUCAGAUACCUUCAGAAUCAGGGGAUCAUUCUGCCACAGAUUUUUACUGGUCUCGUAGCCAACAUCUUCAAUGCUGUAGUAAAUUACCUCCUGCUGUACGUGCUAACACUGGGAGUGCUGGGCUCAGCUGCUGCCAAUGUUGUCUCUCAGUACUGUCAAGUUAUCCUCCUAUUUGUAUACAUUCGAUGGAAAAAGUUGUACAUUGGAACAUGGACAGGAUGGUCUGCAGACUCUCUGCAGGAGUGGGGCAACUUUGUACGGCUGGCAAUUCCCAGCAUGCUCAUGCUGUGCAUCGAAUGGUGGACAUACGAGAUUGGAACGUUCCUGGCAGGGCUAAUUAGUCAAGUUGAACUCGGAGCACAGUCUGUUAUUUAUCAAGUGCUGACAGCAGUUUACAUGAUCCCUCUGGGAAGUGGUGUGGCUGCAAGUGUCCGUGUGGGUAAUGCACUGGGUGCAAGGAAUCCAGAGAAAGCGAAAACGUCCGCUACAGUUGCCCUGUCUUUGGUUGGGUGUUGUUCCUUGCUGAUUGCAAUGACCCUGGGAGCUUCAAGACGUGUGCUAGGUUACAUCUUCACCACUGACAAAGAUAUUAUCCAGUUAGUUUCACGUGUUGACCCAGUCAUUGCUACAUUCCACUGGUUCGAAGCCAUAGCUACCGUAAGCGGUGGAGUGUUAAGAGGAGCUGGGAAACAAAAACUGGGAGCGAUUGGAAACCUAGUGGGUUUCUACUCAAUUGGGUUCCCCCUUGGUGUCACACUGAUGUUUGCUGCACAUCUUGGUGUCCUAGGUCUUUGGUCUGGACUGUUCAUCUGUGUGGUUGUACAAACAGUCUUCUUUUUAAUUGUGAUUUCAAAAAUGAACUGGAACAAAGCAUCUGAUGAGGCGAUAGUUAAUGCAGGUGUGAAGAUAAACGUGGACACCUCUUGCACUCCAUCUAAUCCCCAGACUGAGGAUCUUUCAACAGGUCAAUGUACAGAGGAGCCCACAGUCCUUGUGUUAACCAACCUUAGCCGAGUGGAGAGUGGUACAGACACAGAACAAUUGAGAGAAGAUGCCUCUGCACUAGAAAUUGGAGUUACCAUAGUUGGAGAAGUCUUGUCCACAAAACAACUGAUCAUUCGUCGUGGGCUGGCCUUCCUUUCUGGACCAGUUGUGCUGGCCAUUGGACUUGUGAUACAAUUAACUGUUUCAAAACAAACAUAGAGCCUUGAUGAAUUUAGUGGAGAAAAGCAGGGCUGAAGGUGCCAUUCUGCAGCUUGAGGAAGAGCCAGUGGACGACAAGAUAUGACUGUUGACAUGGGACACCAGUUGCUGCAGGAAAGUGUCAGUCGCCUGCCAACUAUUUAGGAAAACAUCCUUGGCAGUGUGCAAGCAUCCGAUAGGCUGUUGACAAUUCAGUUACAACCUAAGAACCCCAGACCCUGAAUAAAGAGGGAGUCAGUGGUUGAUCAUGUCUAUACCUCCUAAACCAUGCUGGUUUCCAAGCAUCCGUUAAAUUGAACAUCAUUGGCAGUAAUUAUUGACAGAUAACAGUCUAAAGAAAGCAGAGAAAUAAAAUAUUUGGUUGUUAGUGAUUUAUCUUAAAUAUAAUUCAAAGAUUUGAAUCCAGCACUUGUUUCAGGAUGUCAUGUCCAAUUUGUGGAUAUCUGACCCAAGGAGUGCAUCUGACACCAUUGAUGCACCCAGUCGAACUUUUAUAGGUGAGCCAAAGUUCCAUCCACUCUCAAAGAUCCAUCCCACCCUGGCAAUGUUUUUCUACAACGUCUACCAUCGGGGAGAAGCUACAGAAGCCUGAACACACACACCAGCCGGUUUCAAAACAGUUUCUACCCUCCUGUUGUUAGAAUAUUGAAUGGACUCAUUCGCCUGUUCCUGUGUUUUGGUUCUUGCUGCUGUUUACCUACUAUUUACUUAUCUAUGCUACUUAACUCUGUGAUCUGCCUGUAUUGCUCGCAAGAUAAACCUUUUCACUGUGCCUCGGUACACGUGACAAUAAAUUCAAUUCAAUUCAA